GCUGCUGCCCCUCGGGAUGACGAUCGGUCGCGGUCCAGCCGUGCCGUCAGCGAUGACGAAGAUGACAUGGAUGGUGCAGACUGGGACGUUCAUAUCAAAUGGCCCCAUUCACGGAGAAUUGCAGGCUCUCCAGACUGAGAUCACCGAGCUUGCUUCAGCAUCGGCAAGAGACGCAGCAGGCAAGGCAGUCGAUCCAGUCAUGGCGGCCAUCAAGUCGCUGGAAAAUGCAGUCAAGUCGGUCCCUGUCACGUGCACGGCGCAG